UACCGAUUGACAUUUGUAGAUUUCACUGAUUCGACGUUUUACUUUAUUUAUAAUUCCCUAAAAAUUCUAAUUAGAAUUAAAUACCUUGACUAUAGGAUUUAUUGUUAGUCUGUACACAUUUUCUUUAUUAUUUUCUUGAACAGUUGCACACACAGUGGUCAUGGAAAAUUGUGAAAAUACUUCAAAUAAUAAAGUGUCAUUCGACCCUGGUUGGAACGACCCGCCGAGUUUUGCGUACAACGCAAGCCAGACAACUACGCCUAAUAGACCACGGAAUUUCCUAAACAAAAGAGUGGCUUUUCCUUUAUCUGGUAACAGUAACACUGCAAUACCACCUCCGAUGAUUAACUUACCACCUUUACUGACAACAAUACUUCCUCCUGUACAAAUCCCACCAUUAGAACCCAAACCUCAAGAUGAUAUUCAAAUAGAUAGUGAAAGCGUGCUAAAAGAAGUUAAAGAUAUUUUAUUAGAAUUCCUAGAGUCUAGUAGCGAAUUGGGAACGAAAGCAGAGAGCAUUAAGAAGAAAAUAGGAAUAAUGGAAGAAAUGUGGUUGAGCGGGAAGCUAAACAAACAAAUUCAGAUACAGAUGAAAGACUUAGCAUGUGCUCUUAGAGAUGACAAUCCAACUGAAGCAGAUGAUAUCCACAAAGCUCUAAUGGUUGAUCAUGUAAGCUCCAUAUCAACCUGGAUGCCGGGAGUCAAACACCUCAUCUACCACUGUAUUGCUCGUUCUGAACUAUUAUCUAUUGAUAAAGAAUAAAAAGAACCGGCCCACUCUGGGCUGAUAACCUCAAAAAGGUGGCAGGUAGAUAAGGAAGAGGAUAACUGUGUUUGGUGGUGAUA